AUGUCCAACGAAGAGGUCUACGCCGUGGCCAACGGUGACACAAUCGCCGUUGUGCCUCCGAAGCCCACCGGCUUGAACUCGCCGCCCGACAGCAACAAUGCCAUGAAGCUCGACGGUAGCGAUUCAGAGCUCAGCGACCUCGACGAUGCAAUCACCGCGGACCUCCAGGCUGCCCGGCCAGAUGGUCCCGCGGCCACCGCGACUGCUCCGACCGCAUCCGAGCCCGCACCCGAACCCAAGAUCGAUAUCGGCGAGGUGCUGCCUGCCGAGUAUUCGGGUACUGUGCCCGUCUUUAAGCCGACCAUGGAGCAGUUUCGCGAUUUCAAGCUCUUUAUGGAAAAGGUCAACCCUUACGGCAUGAAGUCUGGCAUCAUCAAGAUCGUGCCGCCGCAGGAAUGGCGAGAUUCCCUGCCCCCGAUCGACGACCUUGUCAAGACCAUCCGAGUGCGCGAGCCCAUCAAGCAAGACAUCAUGGGUUCCAAUGGAACGUACCGCCAGGUCAAUGUGCUGCACCAACGCUCCUACAACUUACCACAGUGGAGGCAGCUAUGCGACCAGAGCGAGCACCAACCUCCGGCGCGCAGAGGCGAGCGUCGUGCCAAUGCAGACAAGCCGAAGCCUGCGCCGAGGCCGAAGCCUGCUGCUUCUGCCGCCAGCAACGGUACCACGACCACCACAAGAGGACGUCCCCGAGGUCGCCGCGGGCGUGGAGGUCGUGGCAAAAGUGCGGCCGGCACGAGGAGAGAGUCCACGGUUGAGUCUGAGACGAGGCCCAUGACUCCCGAGUCCCCGAACGGCGAGGAACACACAAUUGCCGAAUCCGUCGAAAACGAGCCCGGUAUCAAGAUCGAGGAAGAUGAAGACGAUGCGCCCGUGAUGCCUAGACGGAUGGGAGCUGUUAGUGGCGGAAAGGGCAAGGUUCAGUCCACUUCGGCUCGGCGCAAGUAUAUUCGACGUGAAGGAUCGGCGAUGAUUGACGAGGCGGCCUUCAAGGACUGGGACUAUCGCAUGGACAUCUCCGACUACACCCCAGAGCGUUGUGAAGAGUUGGAACGUACGUAUUGGAAGACUCUCACGUACGCCCAGCCACUCUACGGGGCCGAUCUGGCCGGUACCCUCUUCCACGAGGAUACCGAGCUGUGGAACCUAAACAAGCUUCCCAACCUACUCGACGUCCUUGGAACCAAGGUCCCGGGUGUGAAUACCGCCUAUCUUUACUUGGGCAUGUGGAAGGCCACUUUUGCCUGGCAUUUGGAGGAUGUUGAUCUCUACAGCAUCAAUUACCUUCAUUUUGGUGCCCCCAAGCAAUGGUAUAGCAUCUCUCAGGCCGACGCCCGCCGCUUCGAGGCCGCCAUGAAGAACAUUUGGCCUACCGAGGCCAAGGCUUGCGACCAGUUCCUGCGGCACAAGGCCUUCCUCAUCUCGCCCUCCCACCUGCAGCAGUAUUACAACAUCAAGGUCAACAAAUGCCUGUCCUACCCAGGAGAGUUCGUCGUCACAUACCCCUAUGGGUACCACUCGGGCUACAAUUUAGGUUAUAACUGCGCCGAGGCCGUCAACUUUGCCUUGGACUCCUGGCUUCCCAUGGGCAAGAUUGCCAAGAAGUGCGAGUGUGCUCAAGCCCAGGACAGCGUUUGGGUCGAUGUUUACGAGAUAGAACGCAAGAUGCGCGGGGAGUCAACCGAGUAUGAGGAAACGGAAGAUGAAGAAGAGGAAGAUGACGAGGACGACGACGUGUCGAUGGCUGGCCUGCCCACUCCACCAUCGAGCCUCAUGGUCCGCGUCAAGGCUCGGGGCCGCAAGCGCAAGCGAACCGGGGCAGACGUUGAAGACAGACCCAAGGUCAAGAGGAUACGGCUUCGAAUCAGAUCGCAUGUGGAGCCGCCCUGCUGUCUCUGCCCUAACAGCAUCCCGGGCGCCGAGAUUCUUCCCACGGAUGAUGGUCGCAAGGCCCAUCGUCUGUGUGCGCUCUAUCUGCCGGAACCUUUUAUCGAGGUUGUCGACGGUCAGGAAGUUAUUGCCAACGUCGCUAACAUCGCCAAGGCAAGAUUGGAGCUGAAGUGUCUCUACUGCCGUUCGAAGAAGGGGGCAUGUUUCCAGUGCUCCCAGAAAAAAUGCCCCAGAUCUUACCACGCCACUUGUGCAGCAGCUGCUGGAGUUUUCGUUGAAGAAGGCGAGGUCCCCAUCUUUGGCGAGGAUGGUACCGAGUAUAAAGAGCAGGCUUUCGAGUUCAGCUGCCGUUUCCACCGCAACAAGCGGGACAAAAAAUUAGACGGUCCCGCUUUGGAAAUUAACCCACGUGUCAGAGAAGCUGCUUCAGCCCUGAAGGUCGGGGAGACAUGUCAAGUACAAUACUAUCGCGGAGAAAUCUUCGCGGGUGUCGUUGCCGAAAAUCGCCCAGACGAAGAGACUCUCCUACUUGACAUCAUCCCCAAUGGGUACGACGCCCCAAGUUCAAAGAAGGAUAGGAACAGCAGACUAACCCAGCAUAGCGAUCGUGUCGAGGUUGAAUGGAAGUGGCUCUUGGUUCCCGAUCCUACCGAAUUCCGCCUGCCCAAGGCCUCACCGAACGCGCUACCGAUGCCAACCUCUAAAAAGGCUCAGGCCGAGAUUCACGCUACCAAGCGCGCAGGAGAGGAGCGGCCAAGGGCAGACGACAUGUUUGCCGAGGGUUUCAAGUGGGCAGAGUUCCAUACUUGCGACAAGGACGAGUUCAAGAAUGCGCCACAGGGCAAGGUCGACUUGUCCAAGGAGUGUCAAGUGUGGCAUUAUCUUGGCAAGACAUCCACAGAUCUUCGACCCCAGUAUACCGAAGACCUUGCCCGUCCCCAGCAUAACCCAAAGAGCAGCUUCUUGGACUCCAUUUCCAAGCCAACCCCGCCCCGCCGCCUGUCGAUAACUUCAACUUCGUCUGCUGAACCUCGCAGGUCUUACACCCCAAUUCCUCUGCCCAAACUCCCUCCAGGCGCUCUCAAGACUGAGAAGCCGUACGUGUACAAACCUCGCAAGUCGAUCUACGAGUCGCAAUUCUCGCCACAGACCUUCGCCCCCAAGAACCCUAUGCCCCCUCCCACUUCGUCGACUUCCCAGCCCCAGGCUGGAUCCGACCCGCGAUUCAAAGUGCCUUCUGCCCCCGCUUCUAGUACUACUUCUGCCGCUGCCGCCCCAACUGCGAUUUCAGGAAACGCUACCACGACCACCGACACCAACAUGACUCAAGCUAACGCUUCCACUGCUCCAACUUCUUCCGCGUAUGUAUCCCCCUACAGCUCGUCGACUGCUACCACCGCGAAUACAGCGCGCCCGGCUGUUGGGGCUCCGCUAGGGCCGCCCCCGCCCAAAUCUACUUGGGCGAAGCCAGCUUUGCCAGCUGCUUCACGCCGACACACAGUCUCUGGCGGAGCUCCACCUGUCCCAAGACGGAAUUCCUUGUCCGGGGCUCAACCGCCCGCCAGACCAACUGCAGCUGCUGGUGCCGCUCCUAGGCAGUCUAAAGUUCCACUGCCGCCCUAUGUACUUCAGCAGCAACAGAAGCAACAGCAGCCCCAGCAGCAGCCUCAGCAGCAGCAGCAGCCGCAGCGCUCGCAACUUUCUAGUGUAGCUCAGAAAUAUGCUUUCUUCCAGGUGAACCACAACAGGGACUCGUCAAGAUAUCGUACACCCUACGCCACCUGGGGUGGCUUCACCAAUGGCUACGAAGGUAGUCUGCAGCGGCAGUUGAUGAUAUCGACCGCUCGUGCUCGCUCUCGGUCUACUAUCCAGCACCGGCGCGGUAACAGUUUCAACCUGGGCGGUGGGCUCACCGGACUGACCAAACCUGCAAGGCAUCUUAACUACAGCGACACGGAGGAUUCUCUUGAUCCCAUGGAUACCUUCAAGUUUCCUGCGUCUGAACCAAGCUCAGUACCCAACUCAGUUCCUCAGUCGCCAUCUUCAAUGUCGCUCGACUUUUCGAUGCCAUCUCCGCAUUUGACGGCAGCCACGGCUCCUUCGCCUACCUUCCCUUCGCUGCCUGAUACCUCACUUACGCUGUUUGAGCCCUGGGAUAGUGCACCUUCGGCCACAAGUCCGAUGUUUCCAUCGCCUCAGUAUGGAUCGAUGUGGCAACAGCCUUUCAUCGGACCACUAAGCUUCAUGGAAUCAAUGUCCCAUACUCUUGGUCCAUUGGGAUCGAUGGGUCUGGGGCCCCUUGGUCCUAUGGGUUCCGGCUCUCAAGUGGGUUCUUUUGGGGGCUCGGCGGACGUUGUUUUUACAACGCCAGCCAUGACCAUGAAUCCCACAACGCCACCGCCCAUGAGUCCUUUGACUCAGCAUGUGCCAUCGACGCCACCAGGAUCCCGCGGGUCCCAAUUUGUUUCGGGGACCCCGUCGGUGCCUACGUCACCUGGAUCGUCGGUGACAACCUCGCAUCACCAAACCCCGGAGCAACAACUGAGGCAACAGCUUCGCAGGAUCUCAGAUCCACCGCAGUCACCGUAUCGUUUCCGGUGUUUAAAUCAGCCGAGGUCGCGACAUAGGAGCCGCAGCUCUCUAAGCGGUUUCAACCAGUUGCAAGGCCAGAUUCUCAACCUGUACCCAUCGCUGCCGAAUAACAACAGUCAAGAGCUUCUGCUUUCUGGGCUUUCGCCCAAUACUAUCGAGCAGGACGGGCGCGAAUUGCAGAAUGAGAUUCUGGGGACUGCGCGAUUGAUUUGUUCAAGAGGGCCAUGA